AUGAUUGCUGUUAAUCAUCCCAACUUCAAAUGGGAUUUCCAUUGCUCUGAUGGUGAAGAGUCAAUGGAAAUCACGGAAUUGAUGGCAGCUGCGACACUUGAUGUUGAUAUGGAUACCACCGAAGCAUCUGAUUCAAGUGGAAACACUUCUGAUAAUGUGUCCGAUCACAUCGAUGAUUUUUCGAUUCUUAUGACUGAUCGCACUGAAGAAUCGGAUUCUAGAGGAGUUUCUCUUCAUUCUGAUUUCUCACAACUAUCUAUUUCUACCAAUAAUCAUAAAGGAGAACAUUUUGUUCUUUUCGACGUUUUGAGAAACAUUUCAUCAGACUCCAGAAGCAAAUCUGAAACUCCGUCUAUCGUUGAAGAAAAGAAAUUUAUCAAGAGGCCACUGAACCAUUAUAUGGAAUGGACCGUGAGAAAGAGAAGUGAACUCAGCAUGAGAUAUCCUAGCAAGAACGCCAAAGAAAUUUCAAUUGAACUUGGUAAAAUAUGGCGCAGUAUGGACAUGGCCGUGAAAAAAGCUUUGAAAGAAGAGUAUCAAAGAAGAUUCAAACUUCUGAAACAGCACGGUGCGAAAUUCAAACCUUAUAAACCUGUUGGUUUAAAGAUGAAGAAGGAAAAGUUUCCAGUAAAUAAGGUCAAUAAGGAAAUUCGCAGAGAAAUAUAUGAAGUUCCGGAGACAAAAAAGGAUGAGCCGCCCCAACAAAAAGAGGAGGCUGAAAAACAACCUGAACAGGAUGAUCAUCCCGCUGAAUUUAGAAUCGAUCUCAUUGAGGAAUACCACAGUUACAUGUAUGAUAUGCGCCAGAUAUUUGGAUACUAG